AUGAUAUUCGAGAGUGUGAUGGCAGAGCUGCGACGACUUUCAUCAUCUACAACCCUUUUUCCAUCAGCAGAGACACAAACACGUUUCUGGGCCCUCUUGUCCCAAGCAAUUGAUGACCAAGUCGCCGCCGUGCAGUCGAAAGUAGACGCACAGAUCCGAGCCGACUUCCUCGUGCGGGCCAACCUGCUCGCGAGGGAAGAAGACCGCCUGUUACAGCGCCUCAAUCGCCCGUCGUAUAAACCAAGUUUGCUACCGUGGGAACAAUUCCUUCUCAAAGGGAGCCCUGGAUGUGGUGUACGCCUGCCUCGCACCACUCCGAACGCUACGCUACAACUCAUGCCAAUUGGCGGAGUAGCGCUCCAUCUCAGGUGGAUGAGAGAUAGACAUCUCACCGCGAAGAAGUGUGAAGGCUCCGUUCUUCCAGAUGUGCUACCUGGCGUUCCCUCAACCUUGAGACGAACGAAACCUUAUCACUGUGACAAACUGCCUUCCUCUGGGCUCGAGUACGAACAUACUUGGGUAUCCAAUCCCCCCUUACAUUCCCGUGCCGUCCCACGACCGUAG